AUGUUAACUGGACUUCCUUGUUGUCAUGCAAUGUCUUGCAUGAAAGAUCAACAUUUGAAAAUUUAUGACUUUGUACCUGACUGUUACAAGAAGGAACAAUAUGUCGCUUGCUACGCACAUGUGAUAUAUCCACUUAAUGGGGAAGCCUUGUGGACAAAGACUGGUGUUGUUGAUCUUCAGCCACCACCAAUAAAGAGGCAGGCUGAAAGGCCAAAGAAAAAAAGGAAUAGGGAAGCUAGAGAGAUGGUGAGGGAUGAGGCACACAUAAAGAAGGCAAAACAUGGUAUAAAGUGUAGUCGUUGCCACAAGGAUGGUCACAACAAGGUCACUUGUAAACUACCACAACCACAAGCUAGUUCAAGUCAGGUACAAGAUGCAACAAGUCAGCAACCAUCACAAGCUAAUACAAGUCAAUCACCACCUGUUGCAAUAAGUCAACCACCAUCACAAGCUGUUACAAGUCAACCAUCACCACCUGUUGCAACAAGUCAGCCACCACCACAAUCUGUUACAAGUCAACCACCACCACCUGUGGCUACAAGUCAGCCACCACCCAAAACUAAGAAAAAACUUCAUAAGGGUGGCAAGCCUGUUUCAAGCCAACCAUCAUCAAUAUUAUAUGUUUACUAG